GGGCACACCGCCCCUGGUACGUUCCUUCUCUCUCCUUCCUGCUGUUUGCUGUCCGAAACAGAGCACCCCAGAGACACUAAUGUGAUCUAUUAGUAUUCGGAUCUGACCUAAUUUCAAGCGUAUACAUGUCGCACUGAUCUGAUCCAUCGGCCCCAGCUCCGACUCGGUUAGAUUCGGCUCUCCUUUCCCACUGAGGCGAGGUCGUUCUCAGUUGACGCCAUUGGAGUUGGGACUUGGGACGCAACACGCGGGUGGUGCAUUUCAUUUUGUUCGCCGAAUCGGGUUUGGGCUGAAUUCGGAUUGAGAUCCCAACGUUACCAUGGCAGCGAUGAAUACUGGUAUGGGAGGUUUAGGUGGCAGGCCGAUACAUCCACAAGCAAAUCCUUUUGGAACUGCCUUGCAGGGUGCUGGACCAGGAUUGAUCCGUACUGGGCUAGAAACAUAUGGCGGAAGGAUUUUAGAUUCAAGUUCUGAGUUUAUGCAGAGCAAUAUAACACAAUAUUUGUCCGACCCUCAGUACUACUUUCAAGUCAACAGCCAGUAUGUGAGGAACAAACUGAAGGUCAUCUUGUUCCCUUUCUUGCACAGGGGUCACUGGACAAGAAUAACUGAACCAGUAGGAGGAAGGCUAUCCUACAAACCUCCAGUCCAGGAUAUCAAUGCACCGGACUUGUACAUCCCUUUGAUGGCAUUUGGCACCUACAUUGUAGCUGCUGGGUAUGCCUUGGGUGUUCUUGGAAGGUUUACCCCUGAGGCACUGACCCUACAGUUUUCUAAAGGGAUACUUGGGUGGUUUCUGCAAGUCGUCCUCAUCAAAGGUCUGCUGUACUCCCUGGGAAGCGGCGAAGCUCCCUUGCUGGACAUCGUGGCGUAUGCUGGAUAUUGCUUCGCUGGCACUUCCCUUGCAAUGGUGGCCCGCAUCUUCUGGAGCUACCUGUAUUACUUCAUCAUGCCAUGGUUCUGCCUCUGCACGGGAGUCUUCCUUGUGAAGACCAUGAAGAGGGUUCUUCUGGGCGGGCCAAGGAGCUACGAGAGACACCCCGGCCGGAACCACUACUUCCUGAUCUUCUUGGCGGUCGUGCAAUUCCCCAUGCUGUUCUGGCUCGGCAACAUAUGUGGCUGACCUUUGAUCCUAUUGGUCGGGCCACAGACCUGUUUCUUCUUCUUCUUCAGAAUAGGCAUGUGCUACUUCUGGCUUGCUGAUGAAUCUUAGGUUUAUCGUGGAGAUGGUACAGAACUAUUAGCUAUAGAUAUCUGGGCAAUCGAAUUAUAAACUGUUUUUGUUUCUGUUAGCUAUAGAGGCGAAAAGUAAAAACGAUCGUUUGGGAUAGGAUAAAGAUGAACUGCUUCGUGUGUACCCUUUUGUGUCACGAGCGGCUAGCCACGACCCUGCAAUCUGACUUGUUUUUUAAUGAUCACUGCUACUUGAUCUUUCA